UAAAAUGACAGAUCCAACUCAAGAUGAUGCCAUGGACACUUCUGCAGCGACAGACUCUGGAGCACAUGGACAGUAUGACUCUGAAACUUCAGAAAACAGCAGGGAGAACAUAUUUCCCAAUAUGACCGUUGUAUUAACUGGAAAUUCUUCAUCAGUCCAGUUUGGAGAUGGAAACAUAUUAUUAGGACAAAACCAACAAAAUAUUGAAAAUGUGCCAAUAUCCAGAAUUGUUCCUUUACAGAAGAAGAUAUCAGAACAUCACGUCUCUGUGAUCAACAUGAUUGACUUACAUGAGACUGAACUUUACCUGGACUGUGUGGAUCAGCUCAUUGGUCAACUAGUAAAUGAAAAUGAAAUUCAUGCCUUCAUCUAUGUUGUGCGACUGGGUCAGUUAACAGAUGCUGAUAAGACUGGUCUUGACUGGCUUCAGAGAGUGUUUGGUGACAGAGUUCCUCAGUUUGUGAUGAUUCUCUUCACGUAUGAGAGAGAAGAAGACACUGACACUAUAAUAGAUGAUCUGAAGAAAAACCCUGUUCUGGAGCAGGUGUUAAAGAAAUGUGGAGGAAGAUAUCAGAACUGCAACAAGAUGAUGGACAAUCAAUCAGAGAUGAGAGACCUAAUGAAAAAGAUUGAGCAUAUUUUUCAUGAGAAUAAUCAGCAACGCUACACUGGAGAGAUGUUCAACACUGCAUCAAUAGGGAGAAAAGAGCUGGAAAACAGUGAAUGUGAUGAUAAACCCAGAAAAAAGGAGGACGCCACAACAUUUGAGACUGGAGAAAAACACAAGUUAAACACCUGGACAUUUUAA